AUCCAAGUUUCUGUCACCAUGCGCGCUUUCUCAGUAGUUCUAGCCGCCCUGUGCGCUGUUGGUGCAUCCGCCCAAUACGCUCAAUACGCCCAGGAACCGCAGUACGCUCCGAUCCCCUACCAAUUCGCCUACAAGGCCGAAUCCGCCGAAGGCUCCCACAGCCAAGAGGAGACCUCCGAUGGCAACAACCGUCGUCAAGGCUCUUACACUAUCGCUUUGGCCGAUGGACGUCAACGAACCGUGACCUACGUCGCUGAUGAGAGCGGAUUCCGUGCCGAAGUCACAACGAACGAGAUUGGAACCGAAUCCAAGGACGCUGCUGACGCGAAGUACACUUCCUCGGCCAUCACUGGGGAGCAGGCCGCCAUUCAAUACGGCGCCCAGGCUCCGCGUGAAAACGUUCGAGUGGUCCAGGCUCCUGCCCGAGUGGUCCAGGCUCCAGCCCCAGUUGUCCGAGUUGCCCCCGCACCCAUCGUCCGAGUUGCCCCCGCUCCCGUGACCAUCGUAAAGUCUGCUCCCGCCCCCAUCAUCAGGGUUGCCGCUCCCGCACCGACCAUCAUCAAAACCGUUCAGUCCGCCCCCGUCAUCAGAUACACUCAGGCUGCCCCGACCGUUGUGAGAACCAUCCAGAGCGCCCCCGUCUCCUACUCCGUAGCCCAUCACGCUCCCGUUACCUACACGGCCGCCGCUCCCCAAGUGAUCCAGGUGCACGGACACGAUGAUCACGAUCUCCACGUUGUCCACCACAAGGCUUGAGCCCGUUGAUUCUUCCCGAAAGCCAGGACGUUUGUUUCAGCCCGUGACAUGAUCCCUGGAAGACCCUAAAGACCUCAAUCUGUUCCGAAUCGCAAGCUGCAGGGAAUCUGUGAUUCAAUUUUCACCCAAAUUUAGAGCCUCCAGAAUUGACGCUCUGGGAGGAUUUUUCGAUACGGAGAAAUAAAUGA